GCCCUCUAACACGCCAUGCCUCCGCUGUCAGAUCAAUGAGAACUUACAGUACUUUAGAAAUAGGAGUUGAAGGUCAUAGAACAAGGUUUUUAGGAGGCUGGGGCCACGGUGAGUGCCCAAAACUCCAAAAGACAUGUAUCAAUUAACCAGGAGUCGAAACAUGUCCAACAGAAUGACUAUGUCUCUUUGGCUCGUGUUGGGUCUCGGAAACAUCCUUCUGCUCAGCUGUGCAGGGGCCGAAGACCAGUGUCCCUUCUUCCAGUUGUAUCCGCCUGUGCUGGUUGUGGAAUAUAACAGCUCUCUUGAGGUGGAGGUCAACUGCACCACAUCUUCCGAAGACAGCCAACCAUACUGGGAGAACCUUCUACCAUUUACAGAUGAAUCGAGCACUGUGCUGACAGUGUCUGCUCUGCAGGAAUGGGACUUGAUAGCACAGUGUGUUGUAAAUACAACAAAUCCGUUGUGUCGUGAGGAACUGUCCGUGACCGUCUACAAAUUACCCGACAGUGUAUCCAUAACCACCGUGGGGGAAGAAGGACUACGAUGCGAUGUAAUGAAUGUUGCCCCUGCUCAGAACUUAACUGUUCACUGGUACAAAAGGAACACCAGAGUGGGCAAAUCUCCAUUCAACGCUACUGAGGCACUUCCACUAAAUGUGUCGGCGGACAUUAAUGUCACACAAGACGGAGGCCUGUACUGGUGUGAGACGGAACUGGAUCUUGGACCCCAUGGACCUCAGCCACCUCCAAAGGCAUCAUCUAACAAGCUUAGGAAUGGCUGCCCAAUUGAGAUCAGUCCCCCCUCUCUGUUGGUGAGGUAUGGAGACCCUGCUUUAGCCACCUGCCGUGCCCUGGUACCCAGCACUGCAUUGGGCUGGAAUUCUACGGUGGAGCCAGUGGAUAUGGAGGACGGAGCAGCAGAGCUCUACUGGACUGUGGACGAGAUGAGGGACUGGUCAGUAGAGUCGCGCUGUGUCAUCACCAUGGAAGAUGGCUACGAGUGUUCUAAGGAACUCCCCAUCAUUGUUUAUAGUGCCCCCAAAAAUUUGUCUGUGACUUUGGAGCGUCCUGGAGCAUUGGCUGCAGGCAAUGAAAGCACCUUGACUUGCUACAUUGAAAACAUCGCUCCUAUUCACCACCUGACGAUCAGAUGGUUUAAAGGAGACAGCCAGCUGUUAGAAGAUCCUAAUCUUCGGAGGAAUGUGGAGGGACUCCAGAAUAUCACUAGUGUACUGAGGGUUAAGCCUGAUAUAUACGACAACAUGGCAGAAUACAGAUGCGAGGCAGACCUUAAUUUAGGACCAGCGGGAUCCCCUAAGCUGACAUCAGUUCCCUUUAAAAUUACCGUCUACACUGGCUGUCCUGUUGAAAUCAGUCCCCAAUCCCUGGUGGUGAGGUAUGGAGAGUCAGCUAUGGCCACCUGCCGUGCUCUCGUACCCGGCACUGAAAUGGGCUGGGAGUCUACAGUGGGGCCGGUGGGCAUGAAGGAAGGAGUUACAAGCCUCAACUGGACAGUGAAGGAGUUAAGAGAGUGGACAGUGAAGCCACAAUGUUUCAUCAAACGCGAGGAUGGGGAGCAAUGUUCUAAAGAACUCAAAGUCAGCAUUUACAACAUCCCAGACGGUUUACGCAUUACGCCCAAUUAUCAUGGUCCAGUGGAAGAGGGAAAGGAACUCGGUCUUCAUUGCCACAUCGAAAAUAUCGCUCCUGUUCAGAACCUAACUAUCAGAUGGUUGAAAGGAGACAUGAUCAUCUUUGAAGACAUCAAACCCCAGAGUAGAAAGACUGUGGGGACAGACAAUAUUACAAGUGACUACAUUUUUAGUCCCAGGCUAUCAGAUGAUGGAGCUCAGUACAGGUGUGAGGCUGAGUUGGAGUUAAGCCUGGGAAGCCCUCCUAAACUGACAUCAGAACCCUUCAAUCUCACUGUGUACAGUGGCUGCCCAAUCAACAUCAGUCCGCCCACACUGGUAGUGAAGUAUGGAGAGGCUGCGUCGGCCGAGUGUACCACAUUCGUACCUCACGAUGGGAUUGGCUGGAAUUCUACUCUGGAACCUGUAGAUGCUGUCGCAGAAGUCCAAAAUGUCACCUGGAGUGUGAAGGAAUUGACUGAGUGGACAGUGAAUCCCACGUGUGUCAUUGAGAAAGAUGGGGAACUUUGUGGCAAAGAUCUCAGCGUCGUUGUUUACUCUUCUCCAGAUAAUAUCUCAGUGUCUGCGUACACUUCUGGUGCAGUGGUAGAAGGCCGGCAAUAUAGCCUCUUUUGUCACAUUCAAAACGUUGCUCCUGUUCAGAACCUGACUGUGAGGUGGUUUCGAGGAGACAUGGAGAUAAGUGUAACAAACAGUACAGCAGUGAACAGCGGUGACGUGGGAGCACAAAAUGUGACCACUGGACUCCUGAUUGAACCUGCGAUGUCAGACAAUGGAGCCCAGUACAGGUGUGAGGCAGAGCUGGUGUUAGGACCUGGAAGUCCUCCCAAACUGACAUCAGAACCCUUCAGCAUCACUGUGUACACUGGCUGUCCUAUCGAGAUCAGUCCCCCCUCUCUGUUGGUGAGGUAUGGAGACCCUGCUUUAGCCACCUGCCGUGCCCUGGUACCCAGCACUGCUUUGGGCUGGAAUUCUACGGUGGAGCCAGUGGAUAUGGAGGACGGAGCAGCAGAGCUCAACUGGACUGUGGACGAGAUGAGGGAGUGGUCAGUAGAGUCACGCUGUGUCAUCACCAUGGAAGAUGGCUACGAGUGUUCUAAGGAACUCCCCAUCAUUGUUUACAGCACACUAGAGAGUGCGGAUGUCACCUCAAAUCCUCCAGGGGCCGCGGGCGCAGAUAAGAACUAUACCCUUCGUUGCCACGUCCAAAAUGUCGCUCCUCUUGAGAAGCUGGAAGUCGAGUGGUUCAAAGGCGACCAAUCAUUGGGAAGUACUCAGUACUUCAACAGGUCGGAAAUCACGCCGCAGAAUAUCACUGACGAGAUGCAGAUUACACCGGGCAUGUCUGAUAAUCAGGCGCAGUAUAGGUGCGCGGCACGCCUAACUUUAGGACCAGGAGAAUCCUCAAAAGUGGAAUCAGAUCCCUUCACCGUUACUGUGUACACGGGCUGCCCUGUCGUCAUCGAUCCCCCGUCUCUGGUGGUGAGGUAUGGAGAGUCAGCUCUGACCACCUGCCAUGCUCUCGUACCCAACGAAGGGAUGGGCUGGGAGUCUACAGUGGGGCCGGUGGGCAUGAAGGAAGGAGUUACACGCCUCAACUGGACAGUGAAGGAGUUAAGAGAGUGGACAGUGAAGCCACAAUGUUUCAUCAACACCGCUCAGGAUAACCAGUGUCAGAAAGAACUUCCCGUUACUGUUUACAGCGCUCCUGACAGUGUACAUGUUACUUCCAGUCGUCUGGGUCCGUUGGCUGAAGGAAAAGACUACACUCUGUCUUGUAACAUCAAAAACAUUGCUCCUGCUCAGAACUUGACCAUCAGGUGGUACAAAGGACAAACAAAGAUAAGGGAAGACAGACCUCAUGCAUCCCACACGCUCCCAGAACCACUAAAUGCCACUAGUGAGCUACACAUCCAACCGCAUACGUCAGACGAUGGAGCCCAGUACAGGUGUGAGGCUGAGUUAGAGUUAGGCCCGGGAAGUCCUCCUAAACUGACAUCAGAACCCUUCAACAUCAGUGUGUACAGUGGCUGCCCAAUCGACAUCCAUCCCCCCACACUGGUAGUGAAGUAUGGAGAGGCUGCGUCGGCCGAGUGUACCACAUUCGUACCUCACGAUGGGAUUGGCUGGAAUUCUACUCUGAAACCUGUAGAUGCGGUAAUGAAAGACGCCAAAAGUCUCAACUGGAGUGUGAGUGAAUUGAGAGAGUGGACAGUGAAGCCACGCUGCUGGAUCGAAACAGAAGAUGUGGAGUGCAGUAAAGAAGUUAACGUUAUUGCUUACAGCGCUCCUGACAGCGUACGUGUUACUUCCAGUCGUCUCGGUUCGUUGGCUGAAGGAAAAGACUACACUCUUUCUUGUGACAUCAGAAACAUCGCUCCUGCUCAGAACCUGACCAUCAGGUGGUACAAAGGACAAACAAAGAUAAACGACACCAGGCCUCAUGCAUCCCACACGCUCCCAGAACCACUAAAUGUCACUAGUGAGCUACACAUCCAACCGCAUACAUCAGACGAUGGAGCCCAGUACAGGUGUGAGGCUGAGUUGGAGUUAGGCCCGGGAAGCCCUCCCAAACUGACAUCAGAACCCUUCAGUAUCACUGUAUACAGUGGCUGCCCAAUUGACAUCAGUCCCCCGACACUGGUAGUGAAGUAUGGAGAGUCGGCAUCGGCUGUCUGCCAUGCGUCCAUACCCCACAAUGGGAUUGAAUGGAAUUCUGCUGUGGAACCUGUAGCUCCUGUGAAAGAUGCCCAAAGUCUCAAGUGGAGCGUGAAUGAAUUGAGAGAGUGGACAGUGACACCAUCCUGCUGGAUCAAAACAGAAGACAUGGAGUGCAGUAAAGAACUUAACGUUCUUGCUUACAUAUUUCCAGCCUCAAUCAACAUGACGACAUCAGAAGCUGGAGUGAUGACCGCCGGUAAUGUCUACACCCUAACUUGCCACAUUCAACACGUGGCCCCUGCUCAAAACCUGAACCUGAGGUGGUUCAAAGGCUCUGAGCUGCAGAAAGAAGACCGUGGCCCUCAGGACAGCAGUGGGGGUCCCAGGGAUUUGACCUUUGACCUUCAAAUAACCCCUGACACGUCUGAUGAUGGAGCAGAGUACAGAUGUGAAGCGGAGCUGAAGCUCGACUCAGUGGUGGUUCAGCUCCCUAAACUCACCUCACAACACCUUAAAAUCAGCGUGGCCCGCAACUGGAUACCACCCAUUAUAAUUGUCCUCAUCAUUCUCCUCCUUCUGGUUCUGUGUGUGCUGUUUGCACUCUGGUAUAGAAGACGUAAACGGGGGGAAUACAACGUAGUGCCACCAACGGAUAUCCCAUUAACCACUGCCAAUGGUGGAGUGCCAUGAACAUCACAGUUUAUUCUGCAGAGAUGGGACCCACAGUCACAUGCUGCCUGAAUUUCACCUCCCAAGCACAGGGACAAUGGACGCAUAGCUUAGACACAGUGUGGAUGCCUCUUUCGUGUCAUGAUCCGAUUGUUUACAAAUAUUGUAAUGUAAAAAAGUGUUGUAUACUUGAAAUGUGUAGGUUAUUUGAAUAGGACUGUAUAAAGUAUAUGUGUAUAGGCCUUCUGGUGUAUGUUGCAUGCACCUACAUUGAAGUGUUUACAAGCUCAGGAUUUCUAGUUAAUUCAUCCAUCCAUCCAUCCAUCCAUCCAGGGGGGGGUACAGCUAUGCUAUAAUAAUCUUGAUCUUUUUUUAUGGUUUUUACAUAGGCUAUUUUAUUGAAGGAUUGUAUUUUGCUCUCUGAAGA